UUUUCACCAGACCGAAGACCAGAAGAUAUGAUGUGUCAUAUCUUUUGCACCGGGAAUCUAACCUGUUGUCAAACCGAAUGUCGCUAGAUUUGUUUACAUACUUUCUCCUAGCUAGUUUGUGAUAUCUUUUUACUGUCCAAAAUGAGUAAUACGGAAAUAGAAUUUCUAAAAGCACAGCUAGCAACUGCUAGGAGUGAAAUUAAAAACUUAAGGCAACAACUCUCCAAUCUGCAGCACAUGCACACAAAAGAGCACCAACAUAUCCUAAAGCUAUUGAACGAUUAUCGGUGCGAAGGUUGCCAGGAGAAACAGCAACAAAAUGGACAUAGCAAUAAAAAGGAGAACAUACUCGUGGACGAUGACGGCGCAGAUGUCUGCACAUUCAAACCAAUAGGUGUUAUAAAAACUGUGUUCAACGACAAGCGUGCUGUACCACGGCAAGCUAGUCUAGCAUCGGGUUUGUUGAGUAGAAUAGAUAUAUCAUCAACCACAUUCAACAAUCCGGCACAUUCCCUGGAAGGACUGGAGAACUUUUCGCACCUCUGGAUCGUUUACUACUUUCACCGGAACCCUAACCAUGCAAAAGCGAAAGUUGCUCCUCCACGAUUAGGCGGUGAGCGUGUCGGUGUGUUCAGUACGCGAUCUCCUCAUCGUCCUUGCCCGAUAGGUCUGUCACUGGUGCAAUUGGACAGGAUUGAAGAUUCUAAAGUGUUCUUUCUAGGAACCGAUAUGGUUGAUGGUACACCCGUACUAGACAUAAAACCAUACAUUCCGCAGUAUGAUGUACCGGUAAACAUAAAGGAAGCAGAAUUCCUUAACUCACGGGAAGCACCCGACGGAGAGGAAACGAAUCUGCAGGACAAGAAACCGGGUGGAUCAAACAACACACAACCAGUUCCUGCUGUGACCGUGCCCAACUGGGUAUUGAAUAGUUCGAGCUUAAACGUAAUUUUCAAUGCAAAUGCAGAAUCCCAACUACAAGAGCUUCAAAUAGAAAAGAAUUCCAUUGUUGAUGUACUGAAGGCUGAUCCUCGCUCUGUAUAUUUACGCACGAAGUAUGGUUCGCAAAUAUACACGUUUCGUUUAGGGGAGCAUACCGUCACGUGCAAAUUUGACGAUCAAAACACUACCGUAACCGUCCUUCAGAUACGAGACGUUGUUAAUUUUCAAGAAAUGACUGGAGAAUGCUCCUCCUCAGCAGAGUAAAUGGCGGCAACUAUUAUGAAAAAGAACUCGUACUAAAAGUACCAUGAUGAUGAAAAAACUUAAGUUCUGUUACUUUUGAAUUUUUGGUUUAAUUUAAAAUCUGCAUAAUAAAAAGUUGUAUAAACAACAUAUUUAUUUAUUGCAAUUGCUUUUAUAAUACUUUUUAUCAUUCUUCUUCUUGGCUGAACGCCCUGUAAUGGUCAUGCCGGCCAUUUCUGGCUUACUAGACUUUUAGGUGGGAUUUGAUACCCGGUCAUAUCGUGUGGAACACGGGGGCCGUUUAUCACAUACACCAAGGGGGUUGUGUUUCAUCAUUAGGACAUACUUAAUCCGGCUUGGUUUGUACAACCCGGUGUUGCCGCGAUCAUGAUCGGUAGCGUGUUAAACUAAUACCUAUUAAUCUAAAAUAAAAAACGGAAUAUAUAUGAUGAACAUAAAUUAUGACCAUCUUGACGAAUAAUACUCCACUGUGGCUUCAGCGCAUAUACCCCCUUGACAAAAUGUUUAAUCUGUGUUAAAUGUGCAAUAUACAACAAUUAUUCAGAUCAUCGGUAUUCGAAUUUUGAGCAUUUCUAGAUGCGUAACUUUUUAUAUCGUAACGCCGAAACCAUGUUUGACUACCUUGUACAGAACAGAAGUAUCGAAAAUCAUCCACUUUUUGGUAAAAGGUUAAUGAAAAACUUAAAUAAGAGAGCCUAACCUUGUAAUUUCUACGAAUAAAUAAUACUGAACGUAUCCUUGCACGUAUUUUAAUCCAGAACAUAUCAGGAUUCGUUAUCAAGCCUUUAGUAAGGUGUUAUUAAGCCGCAACGUUCAUUCCACAGUCAAAUAUUUUGUCGCACGGGUCAUACAAUUCAUUCGAGAAUGAACAGCCC